CUUGGGAGUUAUUUGGGCAUAUAACGAAACGAUUUGAGGCAUUUGAGGAAAAUCAUCCACUUGGGUCUCACUCGAACUUCACAAUCUUGAGUGAUCCAAUAAUGGAAAAUCUGCAUUUCGUGCUUGGAGCUGCGUGGUUGUGAGGGAAGUCCAUCUGCCAACAAGAGUUAAAUUAAAAAAAUAACAAUAAAAGAAGACACAAACAAGGGUAAACGACAACGUUACACUUCAAUCCAAGAGUGAUGAUGGCGGUGAGCUCCGCCUGCAAAGGUGAUCCGAUGGGGAUGGACAACGGAAAAUAUGUCCGGUAUACGCCGGAGCAAGUCGAAGCUUUAGAACGCUUAUAUCACGACUGCCCAAAACCCAGCUCACUUCGCCGGCAACAACUCAUUCGCGAAUGCCCAAUUCUCUCCAACAUCGAACCCAAACAAGUCAAAGUCUGGUUUCAAAACCGAAGAUGUAGAGAGAAGCAACGAAAAGAGGCAUCGAGGCUACAAGCUGUGAAUCGGAAGCUAUCAGCCAUGAACAAGUUGUUAAUGGAGGAGAACGAUAGGUUGCAGAAACAAGUUUCUAAUUUGGUAUACGAAAACGGCUAUUUUCGUCAGCAAACUCAAAACACGGCGCUCGCCACCACGGAUACAAGCUGCGAGUCGGUGGUGACGAGCGGUCAACACCAUUUGACUCCUCAAAAUCCACCAAGGGAUGCCAGUCCUGCAGGGCUUUUGUCUAUUGCAGAGGAGACUUUAACAGAGUUUUUAUCAAAGGCAACUGGGACUGCUGUAGAGUGGGUCCGAAUGCCUGGGAUGAAGCCUGGUCCGGAUUCCAUUGGAAUCAUCGCUAUUUCUCAUGGUUGCACAGGUGUCGCAUCACGUGCAUGUGGUCUAGUUGGUCUAGAACCUACUAGAGUUGUCGAAAUCUUAAAAGAUCGGCCAUCCUGGUGUCGCGAUUGUCGAGCUGUUGAUGUUCUUAAUGUGCUCACAACUGGAAGUAAUGGCACCAUUGAGCUUCUUUACAUGCAGCUUUAUGCACCAACAACUUUAGCUCCAGCACGUGACUUUUGGUUACUUCGGUAUACGUCUGCUUUGGAAGAUGGCAGCUUAGUGGUUAUAAACGUACACGAUAGGUUAUUUUCUGCCAACCACAAUGAAAUAUCAUGUGUGUUCUAA